CUCAAACUCUCUCCCUCUCGUCCCUCUCUCUCUCUCUCUCUCUGCCAGAGACCAACAAACCCUAACCCCGAUCCAAAACCGCCGCCGCUCUCUCCUCUCGUCCCUCAUCUCUCUCGCUCGCUCAGAGAAAACCUAAACCCUAACCUCGCUCAAAGCCGCCGCCGAUAUGACGAAGGUUGCUUAAAAAAAAAUCGAGCGGGAGACCUUCGAUCUAGAUCGAUCUAAAACCGAGGAGGGGUCUCGAUUUACCUUCUAAUAAUCUCGUUCUACCCCUUCUAGUUGGAACAGAGGUGACGACGAGGAGGUUUUACCCUCUGGUAAGCUCCAUUUUAAAUGCAUGUCCUUUUUUAUUCGAUUUAACAAACAAGAUUGGGAUUUGACUUGUUGUGUUAUUGAUUUCGGACUUCCGCCGAGGGAAGGAAGGGAAGGGCG